GUAGGCUUUUAAUUGGUGUAUAUUCUAGAGAUGUUAGUUGAGAAGGGGUGUUGCUUCCCUUCUUCCCAGGAGAGACAUGAGACUUCCCUUUGUUACCGACAGCUUUGAUUUCAGUAGGAGCUGUGUGUACAUCUGAGGGCACAUAACUUGAUUUGAAAAUGCCUUUUCUGUUGAUUUAAUGGGUCUUAAAGCAGACAACAUGAUUCUUAUUUUAGCAUCUUUCACCCAAAAGUCAGUAUGCUUCAUAAUGGGUUUCUCAAAGUUUUUAGAGUCAUAUAGCACAGAUAAAAAUUAAUUUUGCUUUAAACACAUAUUGAAUCAAGAAAUGAAUUCAACUCUUGAGGAAUUUAGCUGCUAAAAACCCUGCUCCAGAUGGCUGGAGGUUCAAAUUUACACAAACUGUGUUCAGUAAAAAUGUAGGUUUUGUUUUUCCAUUUCCAAUUUUUAGAUAACAUUGAAUAUGGAGAGAAAAUAGGUCUAUGUUAAUUAAUAUAUUGUCACACUAAUUAGUUUUUAUGAAACUUACUAGGAUAACCAAUUACAAGUAAAUGACUGUCUUUUCUCUCCAUUGGGGGGACAUUAUUUUAAAAAUCAAAGUACGUAAAGGUAGGCAAGAGCUUGAGUGCAUAAAAAAGUCUUAAAAUUCAUGUGCACUGUGUCCCUUAGUAGUCUUUCUAGUGGCCCUGCUGUGCGGAUCUUCUGCUUAGCAUGUCAAGGGUGUCAGCCAUCAUAAUCUGUUCAGUUGGUGCUCUGGCACAAAACCAGAUUGAUUUUUCAAGGUGCCUUGCAUAAUGCAGAGCCAUUCAUGUCGUGUAUUUUUGUUUGUCUUAACAGUAACUGCUACUCUCGGGUAAUAGUCUUCUCUGGUUGAUUUUAAUGUUUAGAGAAACCUCUGAGCCAUGAAUGCAUUAUCUCUGGAAAUUGGCUGGCUAACAGGAUGUUCUAAAUUUGCCAUGUGCACAUACAGUGUGGCGGUGAUGAUAUUUAAGAAUCCACCAGAUGUACAGGUUUGAGUGGAACUUCUUUUAAAAAGCUUUUAGGUCUGAAAAGUGGGAAAUCACUGGAGAACUAGCUAUUCAGAAAGGAAGGUGCUUUGAAGUCGGCUGAGUGUUUUCCUAUUUGGAAGAUGCAAGGAGGACAUGACGGACUGUGAGAUGAGCAACAACAGUAAUAAGAGAGCACCAACAACAGCAACGCAGAGACUUAAGCAGGACUACCUUCGAAUUAAAAAAGAUCCAGUGCCUUAUAUCUGUGCUGAACCCCUCCCAUCUAAUAUCCUUGAAUGGCACUAUGUUGUACGAGGACCUGAAAUGACUCCAUAUGAAGGUGGCUAUUAUCAUGGGAAACUAAUUUUCCCCAGAGAAUUUCCUUUUAAACCUCCUAGUAUUUAUAUGAUAACUCCUAAUGGAAGAUUUAAAUGCAAUACAAGGUUGUGUCUUUCAAUCACUGAUUUCCACCCGGAUACAUGGAAUCCAGCUUGGUCAGUCUCAACAAUCUUGACAGGCCUCCUUAGUUUUAUGGUGGAAAAGGGCCCCACAUUGGGCAGCAUAGAAACCUCAGAAUUCACAAAAAGACAGCUUGCUGCACAAAGCUUAGCAUUUAAUUUAAAAGAUAAAGUCUUCUGUGAGCUGUUCCCUGAAGUGGUGGAGGAGAUCAAACAAAAACAGAAAGCACAAGAAGAGCUCAAUAACAGACCUCCACCCCUCCCGUUACCAGAUGUUGUCCCAGAUGGGGAAGCACACCAUGGUCAAAAUGGGAUACAGCUCCUUAAUGGGCACGUACCGCUGGCAGCUGCCAAUCAUCCGGGUCUUCAGCAGGCCAAUCGUAACCAUGGACUCUUAGGAGGAGCAUUGGCGAACUUGUUUGUUAUAGUUGGUUUUGCAGCCUUUGCCUACACAGUCAAGUAUGUACUGAGAAGCAUAGCGCAAGAAUGAGGAACGUAACAGAAGUCCAAGACCAAAUUAGUGGUAGUUGCAGAAUGAGUGGGACUCUGGGCAUCAGACUUUGACACUGGGAUAAAUAUUUGUGCUACCAUGACGCAGGUAAUAUAUUGGUUGGCUCAUGGGUUUAGUUUGGAAAAUGAAGCAGGUGUGAUUUGUUAGGGAAGAAAAAGGUGUUCUGCUCACAGUUCCUUUGUCCUCACUACAGUUUUAAGUGAUUCACUAGCAAGUCAAAGCAUUAUUGAUGUGAAACUGGCAUUUUGAAUGCUUUGAUUUUUAUAGCACUUACCCCUUGUUUUCUGAAAUUAAAAAUCUUUUAAGUAAAUGAGGCUUUUUACCAGAUUGAACAAUUUUUAAAGUAUGACACUUGAAGAUGCAUAUCAUAUGUUCAGCAUACAUUUUCAGCUGAGAAUUUCAUUUGCGAAGAGUCAAUUGUACAAGUUUGGAAUGAGUAAAAUGCAAGUUUCCUCACUGACUUUACUUCUGAAAGACCUGGUUAAUGUGAAUGUUGGUGUUACAGAAAGCGGCUAGUUCACUUUGUAGUAGAGAAUGAAUGUCAUUGCAUAUGUAGUCAAUAACAAUGAUUAGAUGAGUUGGAAAGUAACACAAUGUGUGUUGGUUAAAUAUGUUUUGUCUAAAUUGUUACAGUAACAUUUAAGAAGGUUUAGUUUGGCUACAAGAACUGCAGUUGCCAGCCUUCGAAAACCAUUUACACGCAAAAAGCAUUUAAAAUGAGUUUAGUGGCGGUGCUCAUAAGCAAAUUUUUUUUAAACUUUUUGGUUUUGUUUAUUUAAUUACAAUUUUCCAUUUUGGAAAUUAGUGUGAUUUCAAAGUGAAACAACUUGUGCUCAGAAAGAAAACAUGUUUGCCACUGUUCUGUUUAAAAUAUCUGCAAGGAACAAUGAAGAAUUGUAGUCUAUAUUUCAGAUGAAAUAUCCUUAGAUUCUGGGUUUUUCGGUGAGUAAAAUGGCAUUGCCCCUUCAGGGCCUAAUGAGGAAAGAAAAAGGAGACUGAAUACUGAGCCAUCUUUUCAGAAGACUAGUGGAUUCCUCUAAAGUGCUCUAAUUACAGUAAACUUAAGCCAUUUAUUUGCAAUCAGUUCCAUUUAAAUUACUUGACCCUGUUUUCAAACUCCAUUACAAAAAGAGCUUAUUCUAAGACUUCUUAUUUUGCUUGACUUAUGGAAGCCCUCUGCUUCUAUUAAAUUAAAUUCUUAGGCAUGGUUCCAUGCAUAUGACCACUGAAUGAGGAUUGCAUUCCAGUGGGCAGUGCCAAGGUUAUGAUAGCAUGGAUAUGCACUAAAACUGUUAGCGUAGUUUGCAGUCAGAAAUGCUACUUUUACAGCUCAUACCUUUUUAAAAAUUGUAAUUAAGAGAAAAUCCUUAUGACUUUAUUCAAAUGCUUUGACUUAUCAUAAAGGCAGUCUUACUGUGCCUUUCAUAAUUGGCGAUGACUUUGUCACCCAGCAAAUGAAAUAUUAUUCCCUGUUAUGAUCUAACAAAGACUGUAAAAGAAGUUGGCAGAAUGGAAAGCUCUGCACCUAACCGCGUAUUGUGUUAAAUGUUCUGAAGAGCCCAAUAAAUGUUACCUCAUGUAUUUAAGAAUGUGUUUUAUUUGGGCUGUUUUGUUUUGUUUUCCUUUGGCAGGUUUUUGAUGUUUGAUUUUUCUGCUUCUGUUUGGUAUUUUGAAAUUACUGGAUUACCAAAAAAAAAAGUGUUAAACCCAUGAGCCAUGUAGCUUAGAUAAUCAGAAAAUAUGUGCUGUGACCAAUUCUCUGAAAUAGGUUUGGAUUAGCAGAACUAACAGAGUAGCUCCAGACUAAAGACAUCUUAAAACAGACCUUAUUUGGGGGUGGGAGGGGAGCGUGUGCUGGGCUUGAUUUAAAGGGUAUUUAUAAACUGUUUAAAAAUUGGUUUUGUUUUUGAUCAAAUUUUAUUUAUAAUUGCUCUUUAAUUUGCCUCUUGUUUGUGCUUAAUCUGUUCUUGUAAAGAGAGAGCCCCGGUUGUAUCUUUUGUUUCUAGAAACUGUUCAGUCUCCUGCAAUUAUGGGUUUUAAAGACUGGUUUGCAAAGCAUACAGAUCUGUAGCAAAGGUUGAGCUGCCUCUUAUAUCAUCAUAACGCUGAAAUGAGUUUCAGGCUUCUCAUUAUGCCUUCUUUUGCUACCAUUGUCAUUUCCUAUGGGCAGAUGUUUAUGCAGACUGCUACCCAGCAUUGUGUGUCUUUCUCUCAUGAAGGCUCUUUGGGCCACAGGCAUGAAGAUGAAGGCAAGGAGACCUUGGCUGUGGUACAUUCAUGCCCUGUGUGAAUGUAUGUACUGGAGGGGAAAGGAUUAAUAACCUCAGAAGGACAUUGUUCAACAAUCCACCACUUGUAUUGCAUGGCAGUAAGUUGGCCUUGCAGUUAGCCCUGGGUAUCUGAAGGUGAAGUCCCUUUUUAUUAAAGUGCCUCAAUUGGGAAUGCAAAAUUGAUACUAUUAUAGAAUCCUGAAUAUGCUGCAUUUUUUUGGAAAGAUUAAUUGUUGAUUAUUUUUUUUUAUAAAGUGGAGCUCAUCUUCAGUUAGUGAUUUUUCUUUAACACCCUGAAGAAGGAUGAAAAGACUUGGCAGUGCUUUGAAAAGCUAGCAGACUUGCUGCACCCCCCCCCAACAUUUUGGUACAUGUCCUUGCUCCUUGCCUUUGGUAGCAAAAUAUGUAUCCCUUCCUAUGUAGGUUUUAGUGAAUGUAAAUAGUAUUUACUAUGGUAUGCAGUAUCCGAACUUUGAUUUUGUUACCAAAGUCAGUAGAUGGAAUUAAUCAUUCUUUGCCAUGCAAAAAUGUUGAUAUCAUGCCCUGAGGCAGUGUUAUCUUAAUGACAUAAUAAAACUGAAAGUUGUC